UCAGACCUUCUCGCCGCGAAGAAGCUCAUUGGUGUGGUCUCGCAUGCGUCCAAAAUGCACCCAUGCCACCAGUGCUCGACAACCCUGGCGGAGAUCAACAAGCCGGCCGGUUACGACUGGCGUAACUUCCGCUACCGAUCACCUGACGUCUUGUUGAAAGCGGCGUUCGAAUAUGAACGCGCUGGACGUGAGCGAAGGCAAGAGCUUGAGGACAGAUACGGUGUGAGAUUCAGUCCUCUCCUACGUCUUCUCGGAGUGGAUCAUGGACAUUCCUCUCCUGUCGACGGGCUUCAUAAUAGCUUCUUGGGAAUCGCCAAAUCUCUCGUAAACAUGCUUCUUCAACGGCGACUCUUUUCACCCUCGUCGCUCGAGGACUACAUCGAGGAUGAAGUGGAUGAAGACGACAGGAUAGCAGCCUUCGUAGCUGUGUUUGAAGAGGCUGUAUACCCCGGUCAUCUCGGUCGUCUGCCUGCCCGGGUGACCAAGCAAUUCGCCACAGAUCGCGAAAAAGCAGGCAGCGGACUCAAGGCUGAUCAGUGGAAACGUAUCAUGCAGCUGCUACCGAUAGCCCUGUUCAUGGCUCUGAAAGGGGAGACCGACCAGAUUCCCGACCGAGACUUAGACAACCCGUCCGAAAUCGACGCAGAAGGAGAAGUCGACGUCCUCGCAAACCUGCCUACGCUCCACGGAGGUAUAGCCCCCUCCCAGAGACCGCAGCCGGACAGGCCCAAGAAAAAGAAGGCAAAGCGGGGCAAGAGACUUGUCGCCGUCGACGAUCUGUCACAAGCAGCCCAGGACAUCAUGGCUAGCGGGGGAAGACUUACGAUAAACUGGCACAUCGCGAUGCACCACGUCGAGACCGUCAAGCGUUACGGUCCCCUUUCAGGCUACAGCACGUAUGCUUUCGAGCGUAACAACGGAAAAUUAGCUAGGGUCAAGAAUAACGGCCAGGAAAAGGACCUCCCGAUCACGUUGAUGAGGUCAUGG